CUUUCAUGUACCUUACCACCUCGUCAUUCAUUCAUUCAAUCGUCAGUUGGAUCCAUGGCGAAAGCAAAUAAGCUCUUUCAUCUUCUGUUAAGGUUUUUAGCUUUUGGUAGCACCCUUUGUGCAGCUAUUGUAAUGGCGACUAGUCAUGAAAAAGCCACAGUUCUGAACAUUUCUUUUGAGGCAAAAUAUAGUAAUACUCCGUCGUUCAAGUUUUUCUUUAUUGGAAACGCGAUUGGAUGCAUAUACAGUCUCUUGGUUCUAUUUAUUCCUUCUAGUGGACAUUCGAUUGGCCGCGUGAUUUUGGCUUUGGAUAUGCAAUCGCAUAAGUGGGAAAGAAAGGGAACUCGCAUGCAGGUUGGCUUCCGAUAUGCGGCCAAGUAACUGAAUUUUGUGACCAUGUAACUGGAGCUCUGAUAGCUGGUUUCAUCGGUGUGAUAAUUUACUUACUAUUGCUUCUAUCCCAUUCAAUCAAUCCUCUCCUUGUUUCGAAGACUUAGCUCGAUUCUCAGUCUCUCUUUCCCAUAUUAUACAGUUUUCAGCAGUAAAUUAGUAGGUUUGUAUGGUUGGUUACACACAUCUCAACAUUGAAAAGACAGAAAUUACUGGCAGAAAUUCAGUUUAUGUAUUACGGAAUUUACUUUAAGAUCAAGAAAUAUUACAUCUACCAGAAAAUACUUUUAUUAAGCAAUAUAACAGAAUCACUGUUUUGGGACAAA